AUGCCUGCAAAUGAGCAUGAUACUCACUGUCGCCUUCAACCGCCGGAAACAGAUUUCCUGCUCGCCGCCUCUGUUCCCCUCUCCGCCUCUCUCUUUCUCUCACACAAACGCACACACACUGCACCACCGCAGAUUGCCCUCACCGGUUCACAACUGGUCGCCGGCGACUGCUUGAAUCGGCCCGACAGCCGCCUCUUUCACUGCCGUCCUAGCCGGUGCCACGAGACGAGAGAAAUUAGAUCGGCAUACUCAAGAAGCUGUACCCGCCGUGAAUGCGAACCGCACAGAUCCCCGAGAAUCCCGUUUCAAUUCUCUACCCUCCAGCGGGAUAAUUUCGAUAGCUUUGAUAUCAAGGGUGAAGACGGGCAACGAAUUUGA